CUGUCAAUAAAAUUGUCCUUUCAGGUCAAAGAGUAUAAUAAUAAAAUACGGAGUUUCAGGUUCAGAAAUAUAAAAAAAAACCAUCAGAAUUAGAAAUACUGUCUAUCAUUUUGCAGUGCACCACUAAAAGUCACAAAAAUCCACGAUAUAAGAAAUUCAAUGUAUUUGUUUAAAAUAGAUUUAACUUUUAUAUUGAAUACAAAUAAGGGUAAAUUUUGAAACAAUAUGCAUGACAACUAUUCUCACAUAGAAGAUGGUAUUGCUUAUAUUGAUGAGAACAUACCAGGUUCAGAGGAACAAAGUAAUGAGUAUACCAGUUUAAUGGAAAUGUAUAAUUCUCAACUAGUACAUAGUUGUAGCUGUAGUGAAAAAUGUAACGAAAGUAACUGUGAUUGUCUUAAAAUUUCUGGUGGAGCAAAUUAUACUUCUGAAUUAGGAUCGCAUAUUCUAAAACUCUACAAAAUAAAAAAUGAAAAUGUUGACUUUACAUACCCUGUAAUAGAAUGUAGUGAAUAUUGCAAGUGUUUUGAAAAUUGUGGUAAUAGGCUUGUCCAAAAUGGACCGAUAGAAACUCUUUAUGUGACAACCUGUAAGCAGAAAUCAAUAGGUUUAGGUUUAUUUACAAGCCAAUUCAUUGGUAAAGGUACAUUUAUUUGUGAGUAUGCUGGGGAAGUCAUAACAAAGUCAGAGGCGGUACGUCGUCACCAGUACAACGAAAAAAAUUGCAAUAUGAAUUAUAUUUUUUGUCUAAAUGAACAUGUGAAUAACACAACUAUCCAAACUUUUAUAGACCCGAGAAUGUUUGGCAAUAUUGGUAGAUACAUAAAUCAUAGCUGUGAACCUAAAUCUGUAAUAAUACCGGUUCGAGUUAAUUCUCCAAUUCCUAAACUGGCUGUGUUUAGUUGCGUGGAUAUAUUUCCAAAUGAAGAAAUCACUUGUGACUAUGGUGCAGAUAAUCUAAUAAGCUCCAUUUCUCAAGAUUUAAAUAAAGUAAAGAUGUGUUUGUGUGGAAGCAAAAUGUGUAGAGGGUAUAUGCCAUAUAAUGUUUAUUAGAAUUAUAAAAAUGUAGUAGUAAAUAUAGUUUAUUUUUGAAAUGUAAUUUAAGUUAGUGCUGAUUUCUUAAGACAUGUUGUACAUAUGUAGAAAAAUAAUAUAUUGAUAAAUAUUGAAACAAUAUAUGCAUAUUUAAAAA